CUGUAGAAACUCAGAGCACGAGUUCGGAGGAGAUGGUCCCCAGCUCACCAUCUCCCCCGCCUCCUCCCCGGGUGUAUAAACCCUGCUUCGUGUGUCAAGACAAAUCGUCAGGCUAUCAUUAUGGAGUCAGCUCGUGCGAGGGGUGCAAGGGUUUCUUCCGACGAAGUAUCCAGAAGAACAUGCUCUACACCUGCCAUCGAGAUAAGAGCUGUGCCAUCAAUAAAGUGACGAGGAAUCGCUGCCAGUACUGUCGCUUACAGAAAUGUUUCGAUGUCGGAAUGUCAAAGGAAUCUGUCAGGAAUGAUCGGAACAAGAAGAAGCAGAUGAAGGAAGAGCUGGCCGAGAGCUACAAGAUGACCCCGGCAGUGGAGGAGCUGAUUCACAAAGUGUGUCGCGCUCACCAGGAGACCUGUCCAUCCCUCUGUCAACUUGGGAAGUACACAACG